UUUGGGGGGAGGGAAAUCAGUGGGUCUGAGUCCUGGAGAAAGCUGGGGGGUUGUUUUGGUUUUUUGUUUUGUUUUGUGUGUGUGUGAGUGUGUGUGUGUGUUUUUUUUAAGAAGAAAAAAAUAAAGGGAAGAAAAUUCAGCAGAGAAAAGAAGAGAGAGAGGAAUUCCAGCUGUGGAGGAAUAGAGGAGAAGAAGACAGAUAGAGGAGAAGAACAGAGAAAUACAUUUCAACCAAGAAGGAGUUUUGAUUUAUUUGAUUUUUAUUUGUUUUAAGGAGAAAAAAAAUCUAUAAGCAGGAAAAAGAAAGAAAGAAAAAGAAAAAAAGAAAAGAAAAAGCAACUGAGAAGGGUUAUAAAAAGAGCAAAUACCAAGAAGGGUGAACAAGAGAAGAAAGUCAAGGCAAGGAGGAGCCCAAAGCUGGCAGAUCGGGAGGAUUUGCAGGGGAGAAGGGGGGGGAAGAUUGGAAAUGCAGCUCUGGAGUUUGCUGCUGCCUCUUGCGCUUCUCUGUACAGCCCUAGCCAGUGGACCCGAAUGUGGGAUGGACGAGCGCUCCCGCAGGGCACGAAGGGACACCAGGCACAGCCGCCAGCUCCUCCACACUGCCCCGGGCACCUGUGCCACCAGGUUAGCCCGAGGAAGGCGCUCCACUGCUGGGCUGGAGCCUGGGCAUGUCCCCCGCAGGAGGCAACAGCGGGAGGUAAAGGACGAAGAGGAGUCCCUUACCCCGAGCAGGGCGCUCUAUUUCAGUGGCCAAGGUGAUCAGCUGCGGCUGAAGGCAGACAUUGAGCUGCCCCGAGAUGCCUUCACUUUGCAAGUGUGGCUGAAAGCCGAAGGAGGACAGAGAUCUCCGGCUGUCAUUGCAGGACUGUAUGACAAAUGUUCUUACACCUCCCGUGACCGAGGCUGGGUCCUGGGGAUUAACACCGUCAGUGACCAGGGGAACAGAGACCCCCGCUAUUUCUUCUCGCUGAAGACAGACCGUGCUCGCAAAGUCACCACCAUUGCAGCACAUCGCAGCUACCUCCCCAACCAGUGGGUGCACCUGGCUGCCACCUACGAUGGGCGCCUCAUGAGACUCUACGUGAACGGUGCCCAGGUGGCCACAAGCGGAGAGCAAGUGGGAAGCAUCUUCAGUCUGCUGACCUUGAAGUGCAAGGUGCUCAUGCUGGGAGGAAAUGCCCUGAACCAGAACUAUCGGGGUUACGUGGAGCACUUCAGCCUCUGGAGGACAGCCCGGUCUCAAAAGGAGAUCUUGUUGGACAUGGAGCAGGCGAUUCACAGGCAAGACACGUCCCUACCUCAGCUCGUUCUUCAAGACAGUUUACUGAAUGUGAAAAGCACCUGGUCUCCCAUGAAGGAUGGCAGCAGCCCUCAGACCAAGUUCAGCUACCACCACGGCUAUUUGCUCGACACCAGCCUGGACCCUCCUCUCUGUGGACAGACAGUGUGUGACAACAUGGACGUCAUUGCCAGCUACAACAAACUGCCCAGGUUCCGCCGCAACAAAACCGUGCGCUACCGUGUGGUGAACCUGUACGAUGACAAACAUCAGAACCCCACUGUCAGCCAGCAGCAGAUCGAGUUCCAGCAUCAGCACCUGAAUGAGGCUUUCAGCCGCUACAACAUCACCUGGGAGCUGGAGGUGCUGGAGGUGAAGAACUCCUCCCUUCGCCACCGGCUCAUCCUGGCCAACUGCGACAUCAGCAAGAUUGGGGAUGAGAACUGUGACCCCGAGUGCAACCACACCCUGACGGGGUACGACGGUGGGGACUGCCGGCACGUCCGCCACACGUUCUUCAACAAGAAGAAGCAGAACGGGGUGUGUGACAUGGAUUGUAAUUACGAGAGGUACAACUUCGAUGGGGGGGAGUGCUGCAACCCAGAGAUAACAGAAGUCACCAAGACCUGCUUUGACCCAUAUUCUCCUUACAGAGCAUACUUAGAUGUCAAUGAACUUAAGAACAUACUCAAACUGGAUGGAUCCACGCACCUCAACAUCUUCUUUGCCAAUUCCUCUGAGGAAGAGCUGGCUGGAGUGGCAACUUGGCCCUGGGACAAAGAAGCCUUGAUGCAUCUAGGUGGCAUCGUGCUGAAUCCCUCCUUCUACGGAAUCCCUGGCCACACGCACACCAUGAUCCAUGAAAUCGGGCACAGCCUGGGGCUCUACCACGUCUUCCGGGGGAUCUCCGAGAUCCUCUCCUGCAGCGACCCGUGCAUGGAAACAGAGCCCUCCUUCGAGACUGGGGACCUCUGCAGUGACACCAACCCUGCUCCUAAGCACAAGCUGUGUGGGGACCCUGGGCCUGGCAAUGACACCUGUGGUUUCCACAGUUUCCUAAACACGCCCUUCAGCAACUUCAUGAGUUAUGCAGAUGAUGACUGCACCAACUCCUUCACGCCCAACCAGGUGGCCAGGAUGCACUGCUACCUGGACCUCGUCUACCAGAGCUGGCAGCCCACCAAGAAACCGGCUCCCGUCGCAAUCGCCCCCCAGAUCGUGGCUCGCACCUCCACCGCCGUCACCCUGGAGUGGUUUCCACCCAUCGAUGGCCACUUCUUUGAAAGAGAAGUGGGAUCAGCAUGUGAUCUGUGUGCGGAAGGAAGAGUUCUGGUGCAAUACGCCUUCAGCGCCUCUUCCCCCAUGCCCUGCGAUCCCUCGGGGCACUGGAGCCCACGGGAGGCAGAAGGGCACCCUGACGUUGAGCAGCCCUGUAAAUCCAGCGUCAGGACAUGGAGUCCCAAUUCGGCCGUCAACCAACACACGGUGCCCCCAGCCUGUCCUGAGCCCCAGGGCUGCUACCUGCAGCUGGAAUUUCGCUAUCCCCUGACGCCAGAGUCCCUCACGGUCUGGGUGACUUUCGUUUCUCCGGACUGGGACUCCAGUGGAGCAGUGAAUGACAUCAAGCUGCUCACGGUCAGCGGGAAGAAUAUUUCACUCGGGCCACAGAACGUCUUCUGUGACAUCCCACUGACCAUCAAGCUGGAUGUGGGAAAAGUGGGAGAGGAGGUGUAUGGGAUCCAGAUCUACACCUUGGACGAGCACCUGGAAAUCGACGCUGCCAUGCUGAGCUCUGUCCCCCACAGCACCCUGUGCUCAGGCUGCAAACCCAUCCAGUACAAAGUGGUCCGGGACCCUCCUUUCCAGUCUGGAUCUCCUGUGGUCAUCUCAAACCUCAGCAGGAGAUUUGUCGACACGGAGCUGAGCGACAGGACCACGUACAGAUACCAGGUGGUCAUUGUGUCCGGGAUGGAGGAGAGCGAGCCUUCCCCCGCGCUCCUUUAUAUCUCUGGGAGUGGAUACUGUGGAGACGGGAUUAUCCAAAUAGAACUGGGAGAAGAAUGUGAUGACAUGAACAAGAUCAACGGCGAUGGCUGUUCCCUGUUCUGCCUGCAGGAGCUGUCCUUUAAUUGCAUUGAUGAACCCAGCAGGUGCUAUUUCCACGACGGUGAUGGAGUCUGUGAGGAAUUCGAGCAAAUGACCAGCAUCAAAGACUGUGGUGUUUACACUCCCAAAGGCUUCCUGGAUCAGUGGGCUUCCAACGUCUCUGUCUCACACCACAGUGACCAGCAGUGCCCAGGGUGGGUGGUCAUCGGUCAGCCAGCAGCAACCCAGAUGUGUCGAACCAAGGUGAUCGACUUGAACGAUGGUGUCUCCCAGUAUGCCUGGUAUCCCUGCACGGCCAACUUCCAGUACUCCCACAUGACACAGACUGUUUUCUGGCUGAAGGCUUAUUUUUCCCAGCCUAUGGUGGCUGCAGCAGUCCUUGUUCACUUGGUCACUGAUGGGACCUAUUACCUGGACCAGAAGCAGGAGACCAUCGGUGUGCAGCUGUUUGACACCAAAGAGCAGAGCCACGAUCUUGGUGUCCACGUCCUGAGCUGCAGGAACAAUCCCCUGAUUAUCCCCGUCAUCCAUGACCUCAGUCACCCUUUUUAUCACACCCAGGCUGUCCUCAUUAGCUUCAGCUCCCAGUUUGUGGCUAUCUCUGGGGUGGCCCUGCGUUCCUUCCACAACUUCGACCCCAUCACCAUCAGCAGCUGCCAGCGAGGACAGACCUACAGCCCUGCGGAGCAGAGCUGUGUCCACUACUCCUGCAAAGCCACCGACUGCCAGAGGCUGGAGAUUGAGAACGCGGUGCUGAACUGCACCGGCGGCACCGGCUGGGACAACGGCGCCCAGUGCAACGUGAGCUGCAGGACCGGCUACAUCCUGCAAAUCCACAGAGAUGAUGAUCUCGUCAAGAGCCAGAUGGAGUCCAGUGUCACCAUGACUUGCAUGGAUGGGAAGUGGAACAAGCAGGUGACCUGUGAGCCCGUGGACUGUGGUGUCCCAGACCAGUACCAUGUCUACCCAGCCACCUUCAACUGCAGUGAGGGGACCACCUUUGGCAAGAAAUGCUCCUUCACCUGCCGACCUCCUGCUCUUCUGAAAGGAAACAACAGCAACUUGACCUGCAUGGAGGACGGGCUGUGGUCCUUUCCUGAGGCCCUGUGUGAGCUGAUGUGUCGAGCACCCUCCGUCGUCCCCAAUGCGGAUCUCCAGACCACUCGCUGCCGAGAAGACAAGCACAAAGUGGGCUCAUUCUGCAAGUACAAAUGCAAACCAGGUUACCACGUCCCUGGAUCCUCCAGAAAAUCAAGAAAGCGAGCCUUUAAGAUCCAGUGCACACAAGAUGGCACGUGGCUGCCAGGCGCCUGCGUGCCCGUCACCUGUGACCCUCCACCUUCCAAGUUCCACGGGCUCUACCAGUGCUCCAAUGGCUUCCAGUUCAACAGCGAGUGCCGGAUCAAGUGCGAGGAUGAUGACAGUGAGUCGGGCCGUGGGAGCAAUGUGAUCCACUGCCGGAAGGAUGGCACCUGGAGCGGGUCCUUCCACCUGUGCAGGGAGAUGCAGGGGCAGUGUGCUCUGCCCACCCAGCUCAACAGCCACCUGAAGCUGCAGUGCGCCGGCGGCUACGGCAUAGGCACGGAGUGUACCACCUCCUGUCUGGAUCACAGUCACGAGCCCAUCCUCCUGCGCGUGAACGAGACCGUGCAAGACAUCCAGCACUGGAUGAACCCUCAGAGAGUGAAGAGUGUUGUCUGCACGGCAGGACUCAAGUGGUACCCUCACCCUUCCCUCAUUCAUUGUGUUAAAGGCUGUGAGCCUUUCAUGGGGGACAACUACUGUGACUCCAUCAACAACAGAGCCUUCUGCAACUAUGAUGGUGGGGACUGCUGUGCCUCAACAGUCAAAACCAAAAAGGUGACACCAUUUCCUAUGUCCUGUGACCUACAAGGAGAGUGUGCUUGCCGGGACCCCAACGCCCAAGAGCACAACCAGAAAGACCUCCGUGGCUUCAGUCUUGGGUAAUGCCAAGUGACGUGGAAAGGAGGACCACACUGCUCAAGGCAGGCUAGGAGAGACACCACAUCCCUUUUGGUAUCGUUUUUAACAUUUAGCUGCUUAACUGGAUGGCAUUUCUGCACCAGGGACCCUUAGAAUUCAACCAGUCUGCCUUUAAUUUUUGUCCAAGGAGAACUCAAAGUAGGGGUUUAUGUAUUAAUUAUAUCUCAAAUAGUGAUGACAAGAAACAAACAACCAAGAGUCAAGUCGAGACGACUUUCAUGUAUCAAAACAGCAUGUUAUGCCCAUCUAAUUUGAACAGUUCAUAUCUAGAUUCAAGGCGAGAAACAAACUAUUUAUGUACACAUAUUUAUAGAAAUAAGUAGAGAAAGAGAGAGAGAAAGAGUGAGAGAUUAUGAUCAACGCAAAAACACUUUCCCCUCCCCAGCACUCACAACUCGGACCGUUCAUGGAAGAGGCUGAGCUCUUGGAGGACUCCAAGCUGAGCCUUUUCUGAUGCUGAAUGCCAAGGUAUCUCAUGCUCGGGGCACUGUGGUUGGGGUGGGAUCUCCACAGGGCUGGGCCUCUUGGCAAGUGACUUGCCAGGCGCCCAGCCAGCUCGAGAUGUGGGAUGCGUCUGCUCCUCACAGGAAUGCUACUUCCAGCCAGGGAGCUCAGCAGACUGCAGUGGCCUUUCUGUACAGCUCCUCCUUCUCCCCCUGCCCUCAAAGAGCCAACAAAAAGCCCUGUUGUAGCCUGCAGGGCUUCUGGGACGUUUCUGUGUGGAGCUGGGCAGGUGGUCCCAUGGUGGAGUCAGGGAGUGGGGAGUCUAAGGACUGGCAUUGAGGAACAUGGCUGAUAGCUUCCGAGGAGCAGAGAGGGGAACUCGCGCCCGCCCUUGUCAUUUGAGCAUGUCUGCUGCUGCUACUCCUGCUGCUAUGUCCCAUACAAAUAUUUUCCUUACUGUGUCAGGACAGGGUGAAAAACAACCCCAUGCAACCAAACAAUCUGCCUUAAAGCUUACCUACAACCUGCCUUUCAAACCCUCUGGUCUCUUCCUCAGCAUUGGGGCAAGAAAACAGGACACCAGCCAGCCAGCCAAAGGAAUCUGCUUUCUGGUCUCCACCGUGCCAAGUGGUUCUCUAGGCCUCCUCCACCCCACUCUUAUGGUGGUCUGUAUCUGACAACUGCUUCAUGCUCCUGUUUUCUUGGGAGAGGGGAAGAGGAGGAGGAGACACCUGCCAUGAGGAAAGGCCCGCAGGAGACAGUAUUAGACUUUUGGCCAUAUUUGUUAGUAUUAAGCUGCCAGGCCAGUGGGUCAGACACUUGGGAUAGACGAGGAGCUUAGCUGCUUGUAAUCUUUCAGAAAGAAGGGCAUUAGCUGCAGCAGACCUCACACUUCCCUGUCAUCCUCCUACUUCAGCCCAGAGUGGAACAUGUGCCAGACCCUCGGUGAUUCCCUUCCUCACGGGGUUCAUUACACUGAGUCACUGAGAUACCCAGGGCAUCCAAUGCUGCUGCUGCUGCUGCUGCAGCCCAUCCCAGGGAAAUCCCAGAGGUCUUUCUAGUGUGGCUUGGGCAUGUGUCUGCUGCUUCAAGCUCCUGCUAGGAAGGACACACAUCCAAAAGAGCAUCCUUCCCAGUGUUAAGUUUGUUUGUUCCUCGGGACUGUCCUGACUUGUACAAUCUACUAGGUAAAGACAGAAAGAUUUUUUCUAACUCCGGCUUGAUUGAACAUUUAGGCACUGGAGCAAGGCAGAAUGGUAAGGGGAGGGGUCAUUUAGCUCAUGGGGAUGGAUGUAAAAAUGGUUUGGAGAACUAGAAAUGGAAAACUGAUAGAGCAGUAGGUGCAAGGAACCAGGUUCUUGUUACCCACUGUUGGGGUUGUUUCUAUUGGAAUAAACCAGAGAUGAAUCUCAAGAACUAAAGUAGAGGCCUGGAGAGGUGAUAGUCGUUAAGAAGGUGAGGAGCUCUCUGUUGUGAAGCUCCAGCUGUUCCUAGAGAAGGCCUGGCCAUGGGAGAUGUGUGGAUGGCUCUGUCCCCUCUGUGCAGAGAUGUAGUGGAAAGGGAGGUGCAGUGGGAUCAGGGUUCCUUCCAUGGAGUUAGACUGAGCAUCCUUCAGCUUAGAGAGCAGUGGCAUAAGCUUCCAUUUUUGCCCCUUGCCUUCUAACUAAUAUGGGAAGUAAAUAACUGUGCAAAGGUUGCUGCUUCCUUCUGCUCCCUUUGCCCUCCCCUGUUCUGUUGGCAGUUUGUUCAUGUGCCACCCAUCCUUUCAGAAGAGCUCACAAACCCAAAAGCCUUUCAGACUGACAACACAUCAUGUCCUCAGUGCCUGAGGCAUCUCGGCAUGAUUCCCCCUCUCCAUCGCACCCGGGUUUCAUCCCAGCAGGGUGAAACUCAGUUCAGCUCCUGAGUGCAUCCUGAAAAUGCCCUUCCCAGUGUGGAGCUCAGCAUGGAGGAGAUUUCCCAUCUGCUUUUCCCACUUGGACAGUGCCCAGGAGAGACAGGUCUGUACAGACAUUAUUGCCACUUGCUGCUGUGGGCUCACAGGAGCUCAAGGCCAGCUGAGCCCCUCUGGCCAGCCAGGACCUGCCCCUGCUUACUGAGCUAGAGACCUCAGCUCAAGGGAGACGGUGGCUUCUCACCAGCACAGCCUCACUCCUCAGCUUCCCUCCUGCAGUCCUGGUGUGCCCCAACUCCCUUUCCCACGGGAAGGCUUUCCAUGCUGCUAUUUGAUUUUUUUUUUUUUCUAACUGCCACAUUGGCACUGUCCAUCUCCUCCAGAAGGGCUGACAGGAUCAGGAGUAGAAAAAGUUCUGCCCUGAGUCAUGUUAAAUCCAAUGGCUUUUUUUUUUUUUUCCAUUGGGGCAAAUCCCCUCUACAUUCCAGGUGCUUUACCAAGCACCCAGAGGGAUGCUGAGAGGGGAGCCAUGGGGAAUGGCCACCUGCUCAGCUCUUGUCCCCUGUGCUCCCAACCUUGGGCAAGGCCAGCUGGAUCCUUGGGUCAUCUAUCACUUUAUGGGCCUCAACUGCCCAGUGGAGUCCUAGGAAAGACCCUCCCUGACUGUGGUGGCUGUUGGGUGGAAGGUGAGAGGGACACCACCCACCGCCUCCACCCACUGAGCUGGCGGCGUAGGACAACAUCAAACCACAAGUUUGGGGGAGGAGAAGAGGGUGCUCGUGCUGGUGAAAUUUAGCUGCUCAUAAAGUCCAGUUCACAUUAGUGCCAAGAUCUUCUCUGUCACAGAUAGUGAGCCAGGGCUGCACCUUAUGUGGGGCCACCAGGCUGUGGGGGAUGUCCAUGGCCAGCAGGAGGGAAAGCUGGAGCAGAAAGCGGUGAAUGGUGCACGGUGGGGUGGGAAACUCCAAUCAGCUGCUACCCCUCUCCCUCCCCACCCUCUAGCAGACAGGCUGAGCUGGUGUCCUCCUGCUUUUCUUGCAUCUUCCUCUGUCACCCCCAGGCUGAGAAAGGAGGAUGGCACCAGAGGAUUCUUGGAAUCGGGUUCCAGCUACCUCCCUUCCGGUUUCGGUUUCACUUGGUUGUAACUGUCGGUUUGUUCUAGGUUUUACCUGUGUCUAAGAAAAAAAAAAAAAGGGAAAAAAAAAAGAGAG